GAGGAAAUCAACUUCCGGGCGUUUUCAACAUGGCGUCGCCCAUGGAGGAACGCGUGAAAGAUUCACCACAUGAAAAAAAGGCAAAGAAGUCAAAAAAGCAAGUUGAUGAUUCGGAGCUGCUCACCGUUCCUGAUGGCUGGAAGGAGCCCACGUUCAGCAGGGAAGACAAUCCUAAAGGAUUACUGGAAGAAAGCAGUUUUGCCACACUUUUUCCUAAAUACAGAGAAGCCUAUUUGAAAGAAUGCUGGCCUCUUGUGCAGAGAGCGCUUGGAGAAGUAUUUAUUAAUGCCAACCUGGAUCUAAUCGAGGGAAGUAUGACUGUCAACACCACGAAGAAGACCUUUGACCCAUAUGCUAUUUUGAGAGCAAGAGAUUUAAUCAAGUUAUUAGCUCGCAGCGUGCCAUUUGAACAGGCUGUUCGGAUACUGCAAGAUGACAUGGCCUGUGACAUCAUUAAGAUAGGAACAUUGGUGCGCAAUAGAGAACGCUUCGUCAAAAGAAGACAGAGGCUGAUUGGCCCUAAGGGAUCUACUCUGAAGGCCUUGGAGUUGCUAACGAGCUGCUACGUAAUGGUUCAGGGCAACACUGUAUCUGCACUAGGACCUCACAGUGGACUUAAGGAGGUGCGAAAGGUGGUGUUGGACACAAUGAAGAACAUUCAUCCCAUUUAUAAUAUUAAGACGCUGAUGAUCAAGCGCGAGCUGUCCAGCGACCCGGACUUGCGUACCCAGAGCUGGGAGCGCUUCCUGCCCAAGUUCAGGCACAAGAGCCUGGCCAAGCGCAAGCAACCCAAGAAGAAGGUGGUCAAGAAGGAGUACACACCAUUCCCACCGCCACAGCCCGAGAGCAAGGUUGACAAAGAGCUGGCAUCGGGAGAAUUCUUCCUCAGAGAGAGUGAGAAGAGGAGGAAGAAAAUGGCUGAAAUAAAGGAGAAACAGGCAGAGGCAUUGACCAAGAGGCAAGAAGAGCGCAACAAGGCUUUCAUCGCCCCCAAGGAAAAGCCGGUGGUAAAGAAAUCUAAGAAAGACACGACAGAAUCUAAAAUUGACAUUCAGGCCAUCAAGGAUAAAGUGAAAAAAGCAAAGACUAAGAAGCUCGGAGCACCACCAGUGAACCCCCAGCCGGCUGACGACAAGACAAAGAAGAAGAAAAACAAAGGAUGAGUCGCUCUGGAAACAUCUUUUUGCCACAGAUUUUUUUUUUUUUUUUUUGAUGGCUAUGGACAAUAGCAUGGCCAACUAAAUGAAUUAUGUUGUUUGUUACGUUUUUAUUAUUCUCUUAUUCUUGAAAAUAAAACAUGUAAAUAUGCAGUCGUGUCUGUAUCUACCAUUAUUGGGGUUGGUCAAACCGGUUAUGCUAGUGAAUGUUUUGGGGAACUAACUGUGCUGAUAACCAUCCCUUAUUUUGUUUUGCCCAGGUAGACGCGCACAUUACAUUAUUGCAUAUUCCAGCAUACUACUCACCCUCAUCUCUGGCGCAGCUAUGCCAACUAUAUACAAGGAUGUCUCCUCAGAGUCUGUGUGUGCAAGACAAACUACACUCCUUGCAAAAGGUUUUGUCGCCUAUCCCUGUUGUUGGAACAACAGUUAAUAACCUGACUUUCAAAAUCGAUUGGCUUCAGAAGUCACUCAUAUAAAAGCUACAACCCUCCUAAAUGAAAUUUCAUGUACAAAAAAUAAAGUUGUUGCGUCCAAGAAAGAUUAAUCACUCAAUGAAUGCAGAGAGGGCAAAUUUUGGCAAGACGAAAGUUUUGUUGCUGCAGAAAAUGUAAAGAAAAUAAGCAGAUAAUCACUUCAAAAACACAUACCCAGAUAAGGUGUCACUUCAAUUGCUGAAUCACUUUCACCUCUUCACUAAACCAGAAUUGGCCAUAAGUGUGUGUUUGGGGUCAUAGACAUAGUCAAGUUGGAAACCAACACAAUGAAAAAACAAUGAAGGGCAAUGAGUAAUGUUAACAUAUAUUCGCUAUAUUUAUAGAAAUGCAUCUAUAUAUUCAUGAUUUAAUCAAUGAAGACAACGCUCAAACACCAGCAGAACUCCUGCAGCCCCACACAAGAGCUGUAUACCAACCAUAUUUAAUUUUAGGCACCAUGUAU